AUGACCACACCAAAGGGCCACCUGUUAACCGUUUGCGAUGAACACAAUAGGCUCAACCUAAUCAUGCCCAGUUUGGAUGCGGAUGCCAUCUUUGAGUGCAUGGGGCAGUGUUCAAUGUUGAAUGAUGCCACCAGAAGCAAGCACUUGUUUUGGCAACCGAGCAAUAAGUCCAAUGUUYGAAUAUUACUGAACGGUCAAGACUACGGUCACUUGUUCAAGCAUUUGCAGUCUCAGAUACAUUGCACUAUUUAUAUAGGGGAAGAAGCACUAAAAAAGUAUGGGUUGACUAUUACUACGUACUUUGACAACUUCUUAAACAAGCGGGUUUCUGGAGAGAAAGAAAACUCGAGUAUAGUAUAUAAUCACGAAACGGCCACAUCGUCCGAGGCCAAGUCGUCCGAGGCUACAACCACAGAGUCUACUGCAGGUGUGAUAGUACCACGAGAAUGUUUAAACAGCUUCACAGAACAACUAUCUAGACUGGAAGAAUCUCUGAAUAAAAUGGAACUUGAGCAAAAGGCAACAACCACCACCAUCCUUGCAAGCGGGGAACCUGACUACAAAAUAAGCGGCACGAUAGACAUACCAGAAGAUAAACCCGAACUGGUACAUUUCUUCACGCAAUUGAAAACAGUCAAGCAACUAGAAGAUGUUUUCCAACGUUAUCAUAGCUAUAAGAAAUUACUAGACACUUUCGGCGGCAAGAUGGAAAACAUUAACAACCUUCUGCAACAAGAGACUGUGAUCUGCCAGGAUCCUGAGCCCCGAAGUGAUCGCUCACUACAAGUGACAAUGAACCAUCGGGACAGUUCUUUAUACUUCCAACUGUACAAUAACACGACUUCCAUACUGGCGGGCAAUUGCAAAUUCAACUUCACCGGGGGUGACCAUACUCCCGUCACACGCACCAUCGAUAUGGGCCCACAUGAAAUAGGCAUAAAGGAACGCAAGGAAUUCCGCUACUUCCCGUACACACCUGAACUAAUGACCGCUUCCACCAUCGAAAUAGAAAAUGAGUACGGAGAAGUUAUCUUUGUAGGCAAGCGAGGCCCGUCACCAAGAGUAGAUCUAAAACCGCCCACCCGAUUGUCGGCGGAGAGUUUACAGGCCUCCCAAGAGCCCUUCUACGACUUCCGAAUCGGCAGACUACCGGAACUGGAUGACUCCAGCAUCAUAAGCACAUCCAUAUCUCUGUCUUGUGACGACGAAGAAGAUGAGAAUCGUACAAUUUCCACCUUCGGUAAAGUCCUCACCUGGGAAGAACUGUAG